UCUUCUCGGCAACCUACAAGCCUUGCAAGGCAUAGGCCUACGACUAAAACACACAUUUGCAGCAUCAUCCUUUGAAGCAACAGCUAGGUUCAAUGUAGGAUGAGAAGCAGGAGUAGGAGGAGUAGGAGGAGGAGUAGGAGGAGGAGGGGAGGAGGAAUGAAGGCCCUCUAAUCACAGCUAUUGUAUUUGACCAGCGGAGCUGAGCUUAGCAGAAGAGAAGAAUUAUUAGAACGUUCACACAAGUCGACAACGCAGCAUCACAGAACUUCAUCGUCCGGUAUCCAGUAGAUAUUAAACAAAUAAUGGCUGCAACAUCGUUCAGAAUUUGUUUGGUGUUAGCGGCCCUGGUCUGCCUAGCUCUCGCAGCCAGCUCCGACAAGAAGCUAGACGCUGCCAAGAAGGCAGCUGCGCAGAAGGCCAAAUGCGACGUGUGCGCAGAUGACUACAAGCCAGUUUGCGGCCAUGACGCCGCUGGAAAGCCGGUUACUUUUGGCAACGCAUGUGUGCUCAAGAAGGCUGCCUGCGAAAGUGGAAAACAAUACAUUUUUGCUACUCUUCCGAGAACUCAAAGAGGUCAGCCAAUUGUUUUGGGAGGUGAUCCGAAAGGGAAGAAUUUCCUCUACACAAAUGGAAACAGUGUGAUCAUUCGUAACAUAGAAAAUCCGGCCAUCUCUGAUAUCUACACUGAACAUUCUUGUGCUGUAAAUGUUGCCAAGUAUUCUCCUAGUGGAUUUUACAUUGCGUCUGGAGAUGUGUCAGGCAAGGUGCGCAUCUGGGACACGGUGAACAAGGAGCAUCUGAUGAAGAACGAGUUCCAGCCGAUUGGUGGGCCCAUCAAGGACAUUGCCUGGUCGCCAGACAACCAACGCAUGGUCAUUGUCGGCGAGGGCCGUGAAAGGUUCGGCCACGUGUUCAUGGCUGAGACAGGCACAUCGGUGGGAGAGAUCUCCGGCCAGUCGAAGCCAAUCAACUCGGUGGACUUCCGGCCGGCGCGGCCUUUCCGCAUCGUCACCGGCAGCGAGGACAACACCAUUGCCGUCUUCGAGGGACCGCCUUUCAAGUUCAAGAUGACCAAACAGGAUCAUUCUAGAUUUGUGCAAGCAGUUCGUUACUCGCCUAGUGGCAGCCAUUUUGCGUCGGGUGGCUUCGACGGAAAGGUCUUUGUCUACGAUGGCACAUCAGCUGACCUCGUGUCGGAAAUCGGGUCGCCUGCGCAUGAUGGUGGCGUUUAUGCUGUUGCAUGGAAGCCUGACGGAAAGCAAUUGCUGACAGCGUCCGGUGAUAAGACAUGCAAACUGUGGGACGUCGAGACCAAGUCGGUGGUUUCCCAGUUCACAAUGGGCACUCAGGUUGAAGACCAACAGGUAUCUUGUCUAUGGCAAGGCGACUACUUGCUGACUGUUUCUCUCAGUGGAUUCAUUUCUUAUUUGGAUGUUAACAAUCCUGACAAGCCUAUCCGAGUUAUCAAGGGCCACAACAAACCAAUCACAGUGCUAACACUGAGUCCAGAUAGGAAACGAAUUUUCACUGGCUCACACGAUGGAUAUGUCACAUCGUGGGAUGCUAAGACAGGUGAGACAGAACGUGUUAUGGGCACGGGUCACGGUAACCAGAUCAACGGCAUGCGGACCGUCAAGAAUUUCCUGUACUCGUGCGGCAUAGACGACAGUCUGAAGCAGGUGAAUCUGGACAGUGGUUGGUACUCGGGGGUGGACAUCAAGCUCAGCGCUCAGCCCAGGGGCAUGGACCUCAAGGACGACCUCGUCGUUGUGGCCACUGUCAAGGAGCUGACUGUGAUAAAACAAGAUCGUAAGAUAUCGGGAUUUCCGAUCACGUAUGAGCCUUCGUCGGUGUCAAUAAAUCCCGGUGAUGAUAGUUACCUGGCAGUCGGUGGCGAUGAUAGUAAAAUCCACAUCUACGCUAUGUCCGGGACAGUGAUCAGCCCUCAUAAGGAGCUCCAGCACCUUGGCCCAGUCACCGAUGUGGCGUUCUCUCCCGACGGCAAAUACCUGGUGGCCUGUGAUGCCAACCGAAAGGUCAUACUAUACACACUGCCCGACUUUCAGUUGGCCCACAACAAAGAGUGGGGCUUCCAUAGUGCGCGAGUGAACUGCAUCGCGUGGUCGCCCAACUCACAGCAGGUGGCCAGUGGCAGCCUCGACACCACCAUCAUCAUAUGGAGUGUCGCCCAGCCCGCCAAACACACCAUCAUCAAGAAUGCUCACCCGCAAAGUCAGAUCACUCGCCUGGCGUGGAUCGACGACGAAACCCUGACCUCUGUCGGCCAGGACUGCAACACCAAGAUUUGGAACAUCACGCCCAUUUGAACACUAAAUUAUAAACACUUUUCAAGUGGUAAAACAAUGGAAUCAAAUUUCAAUCAAAGCACAGUCUCAUCGUAACGUGCAAUUUUCUACAAUUUUUGUAACUAUCCGAUGUGGGGUGAUUAAUAAUGAACUGUUUGCUGUUUUUGGAUUAAGUACUAAGAACUAAAGUGUGGCAUUUUUGUAUCGAUUUUAUUCUAGCUAAAUAUGUAGGGUGCAAAUUUUAAUUUUUCCAUCGUCAUGUAAGUUGAAAAUUGUGUUGAGUAUUGCAUUGUGGGAUUGAUAAAACUGUGUCUUCGUUUUCCUUCAAAUUAUGGCUGUGUGGUUUGAUAGUAAAUCUCUAUUUGACAUGAAUAUUCAAAAAAUUCUUUUCAAAUCACUGUAUUGGAAGUACAUCUAAAAUAUACAUUCACCCCAAUCAAUUGAAAAUAUUAUUUCAAGAUAAUGCUCGUGUGGUGAAACAAAUCAAAAUUGAUAUUAUGUUAAUUAAUUGAAACUAUAUUAUUUAUAAUUUUGUGAUCUCGAAUUAUCUAAUGAAUAAAAUCAAAUGCAAAGUGCAAAUUGUUCAGGUAAAGAAAUCCUGUUUGAAUCGAAUCAUUUCUAAUUAAAAAAAUUCUGGUAAACCCUAUAUCAUGGCUUAUGCUAAUCAAAUUCAGAAGGACAAUUCAAUAAGUAUUGAAAAAAAUAUUGAGUUUUAAAAAAUAAAAAAUGACCAUACAGUAUAUUUUAAUUAGUUUAUUGAAGUGAAAAUUUAAUUGUUCGUUUAGUUUAAAAAUAUUUUACUGAAUUAGAAAUCUGGGUAUUUGAUAUACCGUAAAAAAAUUAAUCAAUUUAAUGAAGAUCCAUCUAUUAUUUUUUAUCCUAUUAAUAUUAUUAGCCUAUAUUUUGAGUAGAAAUCAUUAAUUUAUCGUCUUCCAUACUUAUGAUUGAGCUUCUAUAAUCUGAAAUAAUAUAUAUUAGGACUUGAUGUCUAUUUAGUAAUCGAAAUUGUGUAAUAAUAAACCUAAAUGAAAUAAAAAAAAAACUCUUGAUAUUCAAAAUCCCCAAGUUUUCAACUGAUGAGAAAAUUCUACACAAAAUGAAAUAGAUUAAUUUUGCUUACUGGAUUUGCAUAAUCAGAUAAUGAACUUUAAUAAUUAUUAUGAAAUACAACCAAUGAUAACUUCAAUUGGAACCGUUUGUUCCUACUCAUCUAAAAUAGUCAUUAUCUUAUUUCCUUACUCUUACUUUAUUCUUCUAUUAAAUAUAGCAUUU